CGCUUUCUGACAGCAAACUGUUAUUUUUUUUCUAAAAAAUAUUUUCAACAGCGUUUGUCAAAAUCAAACAACGAGUGAGUGAAAACUUUGGUUAAUAAACUAGUACAAAAAACCUACAAAAUAUAAGUUUUAGCAGUGUUUAAGGCACCCGAGCCGAACAACCAUGGUUACAAUCGGUGAAGCGUUCUCGCCGGUCGACGGGAUUGUUUAUUCUACUAGCGAUGUCAAGGUUAAAAUUGGAGACAGUAUUAUUGCUCCGGUGGGCGCUUUGCACCUCACGGAGAGCUCGCUGAUCUGGAGCUGUGAAGAGCGCAACAGUAGCAUCGCCAUCCCGUGGCCCCGGGUCGGCGUCCAGGCCGUCACAUCCAAUCCGGACAAAUGUAUCUAUCUUAUGUUGGACAUAAACCUUGCCUGGCCCGGGUUCUACGAGGGCCGAGCGCAAAACAAUGGCCACGGUGGGCAGGGGGACGGUGGCGAUGGCGAAGAGGACGAGAACGACGAGGGUCACGAAUCGGACGGAUCGGAGAACGAAAUGACGGAAAUGUGGCUUCAACCUCCGACGCCGCAGAUUGUGGACGAGAUUUACAGUGCGAUGCGAGAGUGCCAGAGUUUGAACCCGGAUCCGGGAGCGGUCAGCGAAGACGAAGACUACAUGGAGGCGGAAGAGGAUGAACUGGGGGAAGUGGACGAUAUGCGGAAUCUCCAGCUAGACGAUAACCGUGAUUCUAAUUGCAGACGAGGAUAAAUUCGCCGACGCCGAGGAAUAGAUCGCAACAAACUUCUGAGUUCUCUAAAAAUAUUAUACGUUUGUUUAAAAACUGAAAAAAAUGCGGACUGAAAGCGCAUUACAGCUUUUUCUUCUGGAUGCGGCGCUGGGAUGGAUCAGCCGCAGUGAGCAGAUCGACGUCGCGAAGCGUAAUAUUGUGUUAGGUUUAUAAAACUAUUCCAUGUUAAUCAACACGAAUCUGAAUAAUAAUGUGAACACUGAAUAAUUUAAAAACAAAAAUAAAGCCAUGAAGUGUAUACAUUUGA